CUCACCACCCCUCGCUCGCACGCACGCACGUUCGUUCUCCGUCCUCGCGCCCCUUUUCCUACACUUUCCUCUUCUCUCCGACCGGAGGAGUCGCUCUCUCCGCGCGGUGCAUUCUGGGGACCCAGGUCGAGCCCGCCGCCGCCGCCGUCGCUUGAGGGAAACGAAAAGAGGCCGCUACCGGGGAGAAGACGCCGGAGUCGCCACCGGAGAGGAGUCGCCUGCCCAGGAGCUGCCGCCGGAGACGCCCGCCACCCGUUCGCCCGUCCCCCUGCCCCGUUCACGAUGCAGCCUGCUUCUGCAAAGUGGUACGAUCGAAGGGACUAUGUCUUCAUUGAAUUUUGUGUUGAAGACAGUAAAGAUGUUAAUGUAAAUUUUGAAAAAUCCAAACUUACAUUCAGUUGUCUUGGAGGAAGUGAUAAUUUUAAACAUUUAAAUGAAAUUGAUCUUUUUCACUGUAUUGAUCCAAAUGAUUCGAAGCAUAAAAGAACGGACAGAUCAAUUUUAUGUUGUUUACGAAAAGGAGAAUCUGGCCAGUCAUGGCCAAGGUUAACGAAAGAAAGGGCAAAGCUUAAUUGGCUUAGUGUGGACUUCAAUAAUUGGAAAGACUGGGAAGAUGAUUCAGAUGAAGACAUGUCUAAUUUUGAUCGUUUCUCUGAGGAUUCACAAGACAGUGAUGAUGAAAAAAUGCCAGAUCUGGAGUAAGGAAUGUUGUCAUCGCUGGAUUUUGAGAAAGAAAAAUAACUUCUGCAAGAUUUCAUAAUUGAGAGAAUUCCUAAGUUGAUAGCUCUAAAGGCAGAUUCUGUAUUUGCCUCCUUUAACCCAUUUUUCAACCUGUUUGUUUUUUUAAAGGCUUCACUAAGGGUUGAUAUGUACCAUUGUAUGGGGCAAUUUUAAGUCAGCUAAGGCAAUAACCUUAUGCAUGAACAUUUCCCAGAUUCCCAUGAUGCUGUUGAGGUCCUAGGCAAUUGAUAAAGCAGUUGUGAUAAAUAAAAAACAUUUCACCUAAGUCUCCUUUACUUCAUAACAUAGAUACUGACAUGAUCGGAAGCUUUCGGCUUAGGGAAAGUAAAUUUUAGAUUUUAGAACAUGGACUCAAAAGUGGCUGAAACAAAUUGGUUGAUACUUUAAACUGGUAACAUGUUGUUCCUCUGGUAUAUCCUUCAGGAUUGUUCCACUAAAGUUUUAUUUUUCAAAAAAUUUACUUCACAUAAUUGUUCGUAAGUGAUCACUUGUCAGUGUUCCAGAUGUAUCUUAGCUAAAACUAGUGAAUGCCCUAACUUAGAUGGUUUUGAAGCCUGUACAUUUGGUAUUGUUUGACCCUUAAACUUUUACAUCUCUUAGCAUGGAGGACGAAGAAAGGCUGUACAUUGUUGCUUGAGUCUGUACAUUUAGACCAAAUUUGUAUUUGCACUGUCAGUAUGGCAAAUGAGUGAAAAAAAUGUUAAUACACUAUUGGAUUUUUUAUUUUAUUUUUUUUUUUUGAUUCAGCUUGUACCUGGGCUGAAAACCUCAAUUUAUGUUCAUGACAGUGGGGAGUUUUUUUAAUGUCUACAUUCUUUCUAAUAAACUGUUGGAAGACUUCUUGGCUAUCCUUUCAAGUGUCUGGUUUACUGUAAUUUCAUGUAUUGCCAUUUACUGGAAUGGAGUUUUUAUUUUUGCUUGAGGAAGAAUUUGGGAAUAUUCCUCUGU